AUGGCUGUUUGGGUAGGAGCAGCAAACGCAUUAAUAGGAAACGAUAUUGCGAGAAGAAAAGCAGACAGAAGAGACACGCUGCUGCUGCUGCAGCAGCAGCAGCAGCAGCAGCAGCAGGAGGGGGAGGAGGAGGAGUGGGAGGAGGAGGAGCAGCAGCAGCAGCUGUAUAACCAACUAAAUAAAAGACAAGCAGCAGCAGCAGCUGCUGCUGCUGCUGCAGCAGCAAAAUUCAGAAUGCCAACUGCAGCAAGAGCUUCUGCUGCUGCUUUUGCUGCUUUUGUUAUCGAUCGUUUGCUGCAGCUGCUGCAGCAGACUGCUUCCUCUCCUGUUCGUCCCCCGCAGCAGCAGCAGCAGCAGCAGCAGCAGCAGCAGCAGCAGCAGCAGAAAGGGAAGGACACCAAAAAGAGGAAGAGAAAAGAGACAAACGAGCAGCAGCAACACGAGGAUGAGAGUGACAAUGAGUCUGCUGCUGCUGCAGCAGCAGCAGCAGCAGCAGCAGCAGCAGCAGCAGCUCCUGGUGAUGCUGCAGUAGGGUUUACGUUUAGCAGCGAAGCGCAGCGGCAUACAGCUGUGUGUCAGUUGCUGCAGCAGCUGCAGCAGCUGCUGCAUGCAUUUAUAAAGAGAAAAGAGCUGCUGCAGCAGCAGCAGCAGCAGCAGCAGCAACAGCAGCAGCAGCAGCAGCAGCAGCAGAAGGGAGAAGAGAAAUCUGUGUAUUUUAUAUUAACACAAAAAAAUAAAAUAAAAACAAAAAUGCAACAAAUAGAAAACAUAAUGGGAGACGGAAAAUAUAAAAAAUAUAUUAAUAACAUCAAUGCUUUUCUUGAUCGUGUUGCUGCAGCAAAUACAGAAGCAGCAGCAGCAGCAGAUGCAGCAGCAGCAGCAGCAGCAGAAGGUGCAGCAGCAGCAGCAGAUGCAGCUGAAGAUGCAGCAGCAGCAGCAGCAGCAGCAGCGAAGAAACGGGUGAAGGAGACGAGGGAUAUCCCCAAGAAAAAUGCAGCAGCAGCAGCAGAAGAUGCAGCUGAAGAUGCAGCAGCAGCAGCAGCAGCAGCAGCAGCGAAGAAACGGGUGAAGGAGACGAGGGAUAUCCCCAAGAAAAAGAAAAUAAAAAAAUAA